AUGUCGGACGAAGAUAAGAAUUCCACUCCCAGUAAGCCCUUGGCUGCGCUCAACUCCCCUGCCAGCCUCAGAGCUGAGUCGCCCACUACCGCUCGCCCGCUCGACUUUGACGAUGAACCCCAAGAGAGCGGAGUCAUCACUUCCUCUCCUGCCGCUGCGCAGCCAGCUCCUGCCGAGGAUGCCCCGCCAAAGCCGCCCCGGCCCCUGAGCCCGAGAGAACAGUCGGAGAUCACACUGAAGGAGGCGUUCCCAAGCGUUGAGCCUGGCGUCGUCAAGGCAAUUUUGACAGCGAGCAAUUGGAAUGUCGAGCGAGCAUUCAAUGCGCUUCUGGGCAUGACCGACCCUAAGGCCCAAGAGGAAAUGGCACCGCCACCAAAGCCGCCCCGUCCGUCCCAGCAGCCUACCUCUACCACGCAGAGACAAAUGGAUGCCGAUGAAAUGUACGCCCGUCAGCUCUCUGAGCAUUACAAUGCGACAGGACGUCGCGCGCCUCCCCCCGGCUGGGAAAGCGAUCCUAGAUAUCAGCGACCCAGAGGAAGUGAAGAGUCGGAUGACCGGGAAUAUAACUUUUUCGAUGAUGAUCUACCCGUGAUCCGCGAGAAUAUCCGCAAGGGUUUCCUGGAGACCCAGUCCAAGGUUAACUCUUGGGUAACAAAUUUGAAGAAGAGGAUCGAUGGAGAUGAAGUGGACGAGCAAUCUGAGCUUAGCCAAGGAGAGAGUGCUGCGUAUGGUCGUCCCCGGCGUAGCGGCGAUUUGGGCCGUCGCAGCGGUGACCGUGAACGUUAUGACGCAGAUCCCCAGGUUCUCGGCGAUGACUUCUCUGCCCUUGAGCUGAGAGAUGGCGAAGCUCCUCCGCGUCAGCCUCCCCGUCCUCGUCCCAGCAUCAAGACCUCUCCUUCGCCGGACCGGCGCAGGGUCUCCUUCCAGGAGGGACCUCCUACUGAGAUCGAUACCCUUUAUGAUGCUCCCUCCUCCAAGCGUAACAGCGUAACAGGCAACAAGCCUAGCAAAUGGCAGCCCUUGUCCACCGUCGAGCCCUCCCCCGUCGCAGAGAACGACCCAUUCAGUCUUGGUGACAGCGAUGACGAGAAGGAUACCAAGACCAAGGAGCAAACCACUGCUUCAGAAAGUGACCAAAUCAAGAAGGCCACGGCCGAGGCCAUGUCCGAUGAAGUGGGUUCCUCGAAGGAUAAGGACACGAAGGAAGACCGCAAGCCCGAUGAGUCGAAAUAA